UGGAAUCGUUCUCCGGAUUCCCGCGGGGGCGCCGGGACGCGAUCGCCUUCCCCCCGGAUCCCUCGGCGGCGGCUCGGCUAACUUCGCGGACUCGGGGACCCGGAGCGCUCGCCCCGCGACCGAACCCAGUCCUCGCUGCUCCGGCGCUCCAGAGGACCGGGGACCCGGGCGCCCUCGCCUCCAGGAAGGGCGCCCAGCCCGGCUCCCUUGGGUCGAGCUGCGGAGCCCUCCACACCUACUGCAGGACUGGAGCCAGAGGAUUAACCAAAGCAGAGAGCCCCGGCCUCCCGGCCUGGCUCCGCGGAGGGGCGUCCCCUGGGCGGGGAAACGACAAGUUUGUCAGGCAUCGGUGGCCUGUUGGAUCGGAGCGCGGCCGCCGCUGCAGAGAGGUCCCCAUCACUGCUCUCAGCACCCUCGGCCGACAGCCCUGGGGACCCAGGACUGCUCGGUGGCCGAGCUUUCUGGGCCAGGGAGCUGGCUGCUGCGCCCGGUGCGCAGAGGCAUCAAGGUCUGGGGCAGCGCCCCCUGCGUCUCCACCCGGGCAGCCGCCCUGUGGGGAGAGGACGGAGCCCAGUCUCGGCUUGCUCAGACUCCUAGCCUCGGUCGCCGCCCUCUCCGUCGCGUCUCAGGGAAAAGGAGGGAACGCAGAGGGCAGACCGGUGCCCCGGUGGAUGCGCCCCCCGCCGCCUCUCAGGCUGCGCCGCCUCGCGGGGAUGAAGCGCUGGCUGUGAAGAUGGAGGUGACCUGCCUUCUACUUCUGGCGCUGAUCCCCUUCCACUGUCGGGGACAAGGAGUCUACGCUCCAGCCCAGGCCCAGAUCGUGCAUGCGGGGCAGGCCUGUGUGGUGAAGGAAGAUAACAUCAGCGAGAGGGUCUACACCAUCCGGGAGAGCGACACCCUGGUGCUGCAGUGCCUGGUCACUGGACACCCUCGGCCCCAGGUGCGGUGGACCAAAACUGCCGGCAGCGCAUCGGACAAGUUCCAGGAGACGUCGGUGUUCAACGAGACCCUGCGGAUCGAGCGCAUCGCCCGCACGCAGGGAGGCCGCUACUACUGCAAGGCGGAGAACGGAGUGGGCGUGCCGGCCAUCAAGUCUAUCCGCGUGGACGUGCAGUAUUUGGACGAGCCCGUCCUGACGGUGCAUCAGACGGUGAGCGACGUCCGAGGCAAUUUCUACCAGGAGAAGACCGUGUUUCUACGCUGUACCGUCAGCUCCAACCCUCCCGCCCGCUUUAUCUGGAAGCGAGGCUCCGACACCCUGUCCCACAGCCAGGACAAUGGGGUUGACAUCUACGAGCCUCUCUAUACUCAGGGUGAGACGAAGGUCUUGAAGCUGAAGAACCUGCGGCCCCAAGACUAUGCCAGCUACACCUGCCAGGUGUCCGUGCGCAAUGUGUGUGGGAUCCCAGACAAGGCUAUCGCGUUCCAGCUCACCAACACCACGGCACCUCCAGCCUUGAAGCUGUCUGUGAACGAAACUCUGGUGGUGAACCCUGGAGAGAACGUGACAGUGCAGUGUCUGCUGACGGGCGGCGAUCCCCUCCCCCAGCUGCACUGGUCCCACGGACCUGGCCCAUUACCCCUGGGUGCUCUGGCUCAGGGUGGGACCCUCAGGAUCCCUUCAGUUCAGGCUCGGGAUUCCGGCUACUACAACUGCACAGCCACCAACAAUGUAGGCAACCCAGCCAAGAAGACAGUCAACCUGCUGGUGCGAUCCUUGAAGAAUGCCACAUUCCAGAUCACCCCUGACAUGAUCAAAGAAAGCGAGAACAUUCAACUCGGUCAGGACCUGAAGCUAUCGUGCCACGUGGACGCGGUGCCCCAGGAGAAGGUGAACUACCAGUGGUUUAAAAACGGCAAGCCGGCACGCACGUCCAAGCGGCUGCUGGUGACCCGAAAUGACCCUGAGUUGCCCGCUGUCACCAGUAGCCUGGAGCUCAUUGACCUGCACUUCAGUGACUACGGCACUUAUCUAUGCAUGGCUUCCUUCCCGGGGUCACCUGUGCCUGACCUCAGCGUAGAGGUCAACAUCUCCUCGGAGACAGUACCGCCCACCAUCAGUGUGCCCAAGGGCCGCGCAGUGGUGACAGUGCGGGAGGGCUCUCCUGCUGAGCUCCAAUGCGAAGUUCGUGGCAAGCCCCGGCCUCCAGUGUUGUGGUCUCGGGUGGACAAGGAGGCCGCCCUUCUGCCCUCGGGGCUGGCCCUGGAAGAGACUCCAGAUGGGAAGCUGCGGCUGGAGAGUGUGAGCCGCGACAUGAGCGGCACCUACCGCUGCCAGACGGCUCGCUACAAUGGCUUCAACGUGCGACCCCGGGAGGCUCAGGUGCAGCUGACGGUGCACUUCCCUCCAGAGGUGGAGCCCACUUCCCAGGACGUGCGCCAGGCUCUGGGCCGGCCUGUGCUCCUGCGCUGCUCGCUCCUGCGUGGCAGUCCCCAGCGCAUCGCCUCGGCUGUGUGGCGCUUCAAAGGACAGCUGCUGCCCCCGCCGCCUGUUCUCCCCGCCGCUGCUACGGAGACCUCCGAUCAUGCCGAUCUGCGCCUGGACGCCCUGACCCGUGACAGCAGCGGCAACUACGAGUGCAGUGUCUCCAACGACGUGGGCUCAGCCACUUGCCUCUUCCAGGUCUCCGCCAAAGCCUACAGCCCGGAGUUUUACUUCGACACCCCCAACCCCACCCGCAGCCACAAGCUGUCCAAGAAUUACUCCUAUGUGCUACAGUGGACGCAGAGGGAGCCAGAUGCUGUGGACCCAGUCCUCAACUACAGGCUCAGCGUCCGACAGUUGAACCAGCACAAUGCCCUGGUCAAGGCCAUCCCUGUUCGGCGUGUGGAGAAGGGACAGCUGCUGGAGUUCAUCUUGACUGAUCUCCGAGUGCCCCACAGCUACGAGAUCCGCCUCACGCCCUACACCACCUUUGGGGCUGGCGACAUGGCUUCCCGAAUCAUCCACUACACAGAGCCUAUCAACUCGCCCAGCCUGUCAGACAACACCUGUCACUUUGAGGAUGAGAAAAUCUGCGGCUACACCCAGGACCUGACAGACAACUUUGACUGGACUCGGCAGAACGCUCUUACCCAGAACCCCAAGCGCUCUCCCAAUACUGGGCCCCCCACUGACAUCAGUGGCACCCCUGAAGGCUAUUACAUGUUCAUUGAGACAUCCAGACCGCGGGAGCUGGGGGACCGUGCAAGGCUGGUGAGUCCCCUGUACAACGCCAGCGCCAAGUUCUACUGCGUCUCUUUCUUCUACCACAUGUAUGGGAAACACAUCGGCUCCCUCAACCUUCUGGUGCGGUCCAGGAACAAAGGCGCUCUGGACACACAUGCCUGGUCUCUCAGUGGCAAUAAGGGUAACGUGUGGCAGCAGGCCCAUGUUCCCAUCAACCCCAGUGGGCCAUUCCAGAUUAUUUUUGAGGGGGUUCGAGGCUCGGGCUACCUGGGGGAUAUUGCCAUAGAUGAUGUCACACUGAAGAAGGGAGAGUGUCCCCGGAGGCAGAUGGAUCCCAACAAAGUGGUGGUGAUGCCAGGCAGCGGAGCCCCCCGCCUGUCCAGCCUGCAGCUUUGGGUCUCCAUGGCCAUCUUCCUCUUGGCGUUGCAGAGAUGAUGACAGCUGUGUGGCCCCCACCCCACCCUGCCCCCGGCACACCAAAGUGUCCACAUCGUACCAAAGACUGACCCCUGCCAGCCGGGGUGCCUAGGGGCGGGGCCGGCCCGCCGGGGAGGGGGCCUUCAUUGGCUGAAAGGAUGAGCAGAGACGGCAGACAGAGGCCAGGCCAGGCUCCGGUGGUUGUUCAAUACACGCACACACUCACACACACACUCACACACACAGAUAUAUUAAAGCACAAGUUUUUAUUCGACCUGCCGGCACCUUCUUUAGUGUGGAGAUGGGACUUACGUGACUGGCAUCCACCACCUCCAGGGACCUUGGUGCGACACGGGCCUCGUCUCGUCUGCACACUGCACUUGUCCGUCUGACCUUGCCCUGUCCCCUGACUCAAGGCCAAACUCCAGCCCAGAGGCAUGCCAGAAGGGAGCCGGAUGUGGGCAGAAUAUCAGACUUGGGUUGCCUGGAUGGAAGUCGCAGGGUGCAGGGGCAGGCCAGUCGGGACUCUGUGAGCUCCCCGGAGGCUGACGAGGAAGGGGCACCUGCUGCAGAGUGGACACAUUGCUCAACUCCGGUCCUGUCCCUAGGACGUCUUCUCCCCCUCCCUAAUGGGCCCACUUGGGAGGGCCCCAGCACAGGGCUUAGCGUAUGUACAAUAUGAGGACUGUUUCCCCAACUUCUGCCCGACUCCAACCGGCAGCUAGAUGCCAUCCAGAUAGUCCUAGCUUGGGACUUCCAGGGGGAACCCGUGUGUGAGGAGUGCUGUCCAUCCCAUGUUCCCAGGUGAGCAUUGGCUUUGAGGAGACCACAGAGCCCUGCCUCUGUGACCCCAGGUCCCCACACAGAACAAUGGACUCACGGUGGAGCGGAUCCCCUGUUUCUUAGGUAUUUGGACAGAGAGUUCUGGAAGAGGGGGCCGGGAAGGGUAAGGCACUGUCUAGUUAGCCCUGUGGAUUACGGCGGCAGGGGAGGGUGAUGGAUGGAUGGUUGUGUCUCUUUGUUCCCUGGGAGCCGGGAAGAGGUUUUUGUCCUUGGAACUGCUAGAACAGGGUCUAGAACUUUCCUCUUUGGGUCCCUUUACCCGCUUCCCAGCUUCCUCGGGGGAGAGGGACUCCUUCUAGGAUGAGUCUAUGUACAUGUGCAUGUGGUGUGUCUGUGUGUCUGUGUCCGAGUGUGUCCGUCUGUGCAUCUCUGCGUGUGUGAGAGCGUGUGUGCCCACCUGUGUCCGUGUACCACUGUGCGCAUCAUCGGAUGGGAGCGCGCAGGGACACCACGAGGCAGGGCGUUAGAGUAAGCCCCGUCUCUGUGGGUGAGUGGCCUCUGUGGGUGAGCGGCAGUGUGCGAUCUUCACCCCGUGACACGUUGGUGGGGUGCCGGCCCUGUCUGCAGUCUCGGACUGCCUGCUACAGCCUCUGAACCCCUUUGAAUAACAAAGAGCUUACAGACAACCCUAUUGAAGGCUAGCUCCUUGGCUGGAGGUGGCACAGGGCUCUUCCCUGUGCAUUUGGGGGGGGGGGGGUGCGGGACAGCUGCAGAGGAGAGGCUCGAAGCUCGGCAUCAUCGUGGCACGAGGCACACUGAGGAUCAAGACCCUGGCUGCCUAGCCCCCAACCCCACCUGGCCUGUAUCAUCAUCACCACCACCAUCACCAUCUUCAUCAUCAUCACCAUCAUCACUGGCUGCUAGAAGGUCAGGCUAGGCUACCGCAGGGCAUCCUGGGUACCCAGUCAGGGUGGCUACCUUCCUGGUCCUUCCAAGCCCUCUGUCUGAAGCGAGUAGCUCUGGUUUCCAGAACACACUUCCAUGACAUUUGGCGGGGCAUUGCUCCUUAAUUGUCCCAUCUGUGUGGAGUCUUAUUACCCCAACUCAACGGUGAGUCCCUUCCGCUCUGAGCCCCCCUCCUUCAUUCUCACUGGCAUGAGGGACACUAAAGUAGAAACCUUGUAGAAUGGAUUCUGUAAGCCAGUAGUCCCUGGCUCUGGCUAUCGAAUCAAUUGACCAGGGGUCAGCCUGGGGGUGGGUGUGAUUUAAAGGCAUCGGAACGCAGCCUUGUAUUAGAAACAUUAAGACGCCUCUUAGGACAACCCAAGAAGGGAAGCUGGGGUCCUCUCAACUCCAGGGCCUCUGGGCUAGUGCUGUGCUGGGGAAAUAGCUCCCCCUGGCUCCUCCUGGGGUCCCCACCCCACCCUAAACCUGCUCCCCUAUAUCACUCCACUGUCCCGACUGCUUUAUUGUGGGGACUCUUCUCUAUAUAUCUUAGAGCUAGACACGGGAAACGUGCAUAGUAUGUGUCGGCCUCAUGUUCCAGAACCUUUGUGGUGAGAGCAGCGAUGCCUGAGAGUGUGGCCUGAGAUUACAAAGCCUGUCUAAGGAGGCCGCCACCCUCCCACCCUCAUUUGCAAGUGAGGGAGGCUGGGGUGUGCAUGUCUGUGUGAGCCCACCGUGCACAGGGGCUGUGAGGUUGAUAGGUGUGUGAAUGGGCCAGCAGGCAUUUAAGUGUGUGCAGGGUUGGGAGUCUAAGUGUGGCAGGAGCUUUUUGCAUGUGGACGCCUGGGAGUCGGUAUUCCUGUAUGUAUCCCUGGGGGUCCACGUUGGGAUAGGUGGCCUGUGAACACCCCAGGCCUGGGAGACCAGGCUGAGGGGGAUCUUACGAUCUCUUCAGUGGCAUCCUCACCCUCUGCGUUGAGGGAGCUGAGGGAAUUUGUGGCCUUAAAGCAGGGAUCCCAGAGUAAAGCUCUCAGGGUUCUGGGGCCCUUUUACUCCCGGCCUCCUACAAGUUAGUGUCUGGGAGGAGAAGUGCAUUCUUGGAACCAGGUAGAAAAGAAUAGCUGAUGGGUGGAAGCCUCAGCUUGGCUGUCCUGUCCCUGGGACCACGGUUAACCUCCAUGGUCCUAAUUCAUCGGUGAAGGCAAAGCCCGCUCGUGGCUCCUGGCACAUUCCUCCCAUAACUCCCUCUUUCCCACUCACCGUCCUUCUCCUGUUCUCUGGAAGCACCUGUUCAGGCAAGCGGGGCCAGAAUGAGCCUCAGAAAUGCAGGCUCUCCACGGCUCCAAUGCAGAAGCUGGAACAGAGAGGAGAAGGCCUGGCUCAAUUCUUGGAAGCCUAGUGCUCCAGCCUUGGGGGUGCCGGAGCCCCGGCCACUGCUCCUGGGACCCUCUUACCAGAAUAGCUACAGACAGAUGAGUGGAACGGACCCUUCCCUGGGUACUCCCGAUGCCGCUGAGGCCGGUUACAUGCGUGGCAGGUGUUACUCGGAUAUUUUGAGCGAGAAACCAUCUCUCUGUCCUGCUCUGGCCUCCUCUCCCGGGCUAGACACUCCGCGCCCAUCAGGAUGGCACAGAUGCCACAGGGAGACUAUUCUCGUCACUCACUGCUGUCUGCACAGGAGGCUGGGACCAGGAGGGCUGCAGAAGACGCCAAGUGCUCUUGGGUUUCCCUCUGCGUGGACAGCUCCGUGGGGCUAGGGAGGGAUGUUUCCAGGGAAUGUCCUAAGAGUGUGGUGAGUGAGCCUGUAGUGAGAAGUUCCUGCAGGCCACUGGCUGAGCUCAGAUUCUGGGUUCAUUCUGUUCUGUCAGUGCUGAGUAUGUGUGUGUGUGUGUGUGUGUGUGUGUGUGUGUGUGUGUGUGCACAUGUGUGUGUGUGUGUGAGUGCAGGAGGACCACUCUCUUCUGGAGAUCUCUUGACCCUUAGCACUGGAAUGGACCUUAAAGGAUGUCAAAUCCGGUGUGCCCAUUGUAAAGGUGUGAAAACUGAGGUUCAGAGAGAAGGCAUCUGCCUGUCCCCAUCCCUCUCCCUUCCAUGUUUGGCCUGCAUUCAUUGCCCAGGGGUCCUGAUAUAAAUUCUCUCCCUCCUCGCACCUUCCUGCCCUCCACCCAGACAUCCCAUUCCCGCCCACCCCCAACCUCCAUCUCAGCCCAGUUCUGCAGGAAGAGGCCUGCCCCAGGGCAUCCCCAACCAUUACCAUCCCCUGACCCAGGGAAGUCUGAUCAUCAAAUGCUUAUCCCCAACCCAUAAGGGACAGGAAAGCAGGGACUGUCCCUGCCCUGGCGCCUCAUAGACAGAGGAAAGCCAACCCUCCCCAUAUGACCAGGCCCAUCCGUCCGCCCUGCCCACCCCUGCCACCGAGGUAAAAGCACAACAGGAGACCCCCCCACUCAUGGGUGACACGCGGGGGUCUCUCACGACCCCGCCACACCCUUUUGCCUUGCUCUCUGUCUCCACCCAGCCUCUGUUCCCCACCACCCAUCUUUCGCUCUUCUACAAACCCCAAAAUGUAACCUCUAGUUGCGGACGCAGUUGUUCCAAUCAAUAAAGAUGCAGUGUUCUAGAA